AUGGCUACACUCAUGAAAUGGGCCACAAAGGCACUUCGAAGGGUCCCCUCCCCUCCCAUGUGUUUUCCUACCAGUGGCUUCGAAACCGUCCGCACCUCGGAGGUGCUUGACGAGGAGCGGUUUGAGCAGUUCAAACAAGGACAAUACUAUCCUGCUCAUAUUGGCGACGUGCUCAGUAACAGAUACCAGAUUAUUGGUAAACUUGGUUUUGGGACAACUUCGACAGUAUGGCUCGCUCGUGAUCUGGAAGGCCAUCAAUAUGUGACUCUCAAAAUCUACACGCGUGAUGAAGGUAAUCAGGAAGAGUUCCAGAUUUAUAAGCAGCUAGAUCAGGGGAGUUCAUGGCACCCUGGCCAUUCUCAUAUCAGGAAAGCGCUGGAUAUCUUCACAAUUCCCCGUUCCGGCGGCGACCAUUCAUGCCUGGUUCAGAAACCGAUGUGGGAAAGCUUCAGGGAUCUGCUAUAUCGUAAUCCCAGUCAUCGAUUUACUGAAGAUCUACUCAAAGCCGGUCUUCUGCAGAUAUUUCUUGCACUUGACUAUCUGCACACUGAAUCCAAGCUUGUCCACACCGAUAUCAAAAGCGAUAAUAUUCUCCAAGAAAUCCAGGACAAGUCAAUCCUUGAAAGUUUUACCCAAGCUGAGCUGAAGAACCCUUCACCGCGCAAGAUUGUCAACGGUAUGCCUGUAUAUGCUUCCCGACGUUUCGACUUGCCGAAGGUGUUUGGCCGAGCAGUGUUGAGUGAUUUUGGCUCUGCUGUACGUGGAGAUGAGAGGAGGAAUCACGAUGCACAGCCAAACAUUUAUAGAUCGCCAGAAGUAAUGCUGAAAACCGAUUGGAGUUACCCGGUCGAUAUAUGGAAUGUUGGUGUUAUGGUGUGGGAUUUGUUUGAGGGGAGACACCUUUUCUAUGGAAAUGACCCUGAUGGCAAAGGGUAUUCGACCCGAGCGCAUCUUGCAGAAGUUAUGGGUAUUCUAGGGCCACCUCCUUUAGAUAUGCUUCAGCGUGGAAAACGAAGCCAUGAGUUCUUUACCAAUGAGGGGAAGUGGAAGCAAGACGUAAAGAUCCCGACAGGAGUCAGUUUGGAAAUGUCGGAAGAGUUCCUCGAGGGACGAAAUAAGGAGAUGUUUAUAGCGUUCAUGAGAGGGAUGCUUCAGUGGCGGCCUGAAGAUAGGAAGACUGCGAAGGAUCUACUCCAGGACCCGUGGUUGAAUGAUGGGAUAGAGUAG